UGAUUCACAUAUCGGAGUGCUGCUGGAGUUAUUGCUUUUCAUUUGAAUUUUUCCUCGGGCAGAGAGGAACACAGCUGUGCACCCGACGCUGCAAAAGGUGAUUCUGUGUGAGUGUGGCACCUUACUGAUUUGAUUUGAUUACAUUGAUUUUCUGCCAAGAAGAGUGCCCCUACACGAUUACAAUGUUGCAACAAACAAGUCAGGAAUUACCAUCGACUUUCACUUAUAGUGAAGUAGAAGCUAAUAAGAUCAUUCAACAAAAUAAAGGGGAUAAUGCCUUUUUACAAACAGCCACGGAUGUAUCCCUCUUGAGAGAAUUUGAAAGAGAGAGAAGAAGAUAUAUCGGUUUGGAUCUCCAUGCUACAACGCUAACCGAAUAUUAUAAGGUUGGUCGUAUACCCAGGGGUUUAAGGGUGAAUUUGCGACCAACGAUUUUCAGAGACAAUAAGGAAUUUACACAGAAAUAUGAGAUGAUAAUAAAUAAAUGUUCCUUCGAUAUAAUCCUAUUAAACAUUGAUUUCCUACAUCGUGAAAUUGCAACAUCCUCUAUGCAAAUGGACAAUCUAAAUGACAAGCUGAAAACAUACCCAUCGACAGAGGAAUACAGGAUACAGCUGAAGUCGAUUGAGGAUAAUUUGAUUAAACACAGGCACGAGAUUGAAAGUAGGAAAAGGAAAAAGUUUCAAAGAGAUGAACUUGAUUACAACUCGGGCCGCAUCUACAAUUGGCAGCGAUCAGGCAAUGAGCGAUCAGGCUCAAUUACACAGCCACGCUCCACACGACGACGUCAUCAGCGCGAGACACGCAACCAGAGACAGCAGGGACGCGGAGAACACAGAAGGGAUUCCUCGACCGAUAGCCCACAGGAGCAGCGCAGCCAGAGACCACAGGAACACGGUGAGCGCACCAGGGAGCUUCCCUCUGACAGGCUGCAACAACGCGAUACACGCGACUUAGGACAUCGUGGAACUGGUGGAGGUGGAAGGGAUCAAUCUACUGACAGCCAGCCAUCGGAGCCUCCGACCUCAGAAUCGUCGGCAUCAUCCAUUUCUUUUUUAGAUGGGGGCCACAAGAAAUACAAAAAGCAAAAAGGCGCGGGGGGAGGCGACACAAGCGAAGAAUGGGACCAACGCAGACAGCCAGAACGGAGAGCACGGACGGGACAGAGACACUAGUGAAUUUCAUUGCUCCAAUCCUGGGAUGUGCUGGUGCAUUGACAACUGUAGGUAUCCAGCAUUCCAGAUGUUGAGCAUAAAUAUGUAAGUGUCCAAAUGUCGAAAUGGCUACAGAAUCAAAAUGUUUUUAAUUUUUAAUGUUUUAUUCACUAAUUCUCUUUUAAAUCAACAAGUGGCACAAUUGCACAAUAUAUGGAAAAGUGGGGGGCUAUUGGAAUCAGAUGAUCUCCUUUGACCUCCCCUUUGACCCUCAAAGUUUUUUGGAAUUUUUCAAGGACACUAAGCACUUUAAU